UGGAUAUAUACGAUUCACGUGACGCUGUAUACCCAUGAUUAUCACAUUACGAAUAUCUGAUGCAUAGUUCAAUUACUUAAUAUCUUAAUUAUCUUCAGGAAUAAGUGACAGUGUUGUCUAAGCUGUAAAGUUAUGGAAUCCUUUAAACUGCUGCCCAUUUGUGUAAUUUUGGUAUCGUCGCUCGUUGCUGUAACUUUUGGACAAUCCUGUACUUAUCGUGAUCAGUGUUCGUGUUCCAUGGAUGAUGGAAGUCUUAUAGAUUUAUCUUCCUUAGGCAAUCAAGACCAAACCCCUGCGUUUGCUGACAGUUUUGCCUCCGAUGGCUAUUUUUACUCAUAUAAUCCAUGUUACUCAUUCACUGAAGGCGCCUGUAUGAAUGCCGCAGCCUGCCAGAUAAGCGGUGACCAGUCGCUUCAAUACCAGCUUGGGGACGCCACCAGCACCUCCUACAUCUUUGAUGGAACCAACGUUCAUUUUCUCUACAGCUCCACAGAUUCAACUGGAAUCACAAGGAACGUUGACGUCACCUUGAUUUGUGACCAAUCGGGACAGCCUGCAAAUUUUGCGCCUAUGGGUGAAGUCAGCUCUUUGAACUACGCAUUUUCAUUGACUACUAAAUGCGCCUGCCCCAAUGGUUGUGGUGGAGGACCUCCUCCAAGUCCGACAGGCCCAACGCCUAACCCUAAACCAAAUACAUCCGGGUCAAACGAUGAAUCAGGUAUCAGCGUAGGGACUAUUUUGUGUAUAGCAGUAUUAGCUUUGGUUGUGGUAUAUCUGGUAGCAGGAACCGUUUUCACAAUGGGUGUACGCAAAAGUCGAGGAAAAGAGGCUAUUCCAAAUGUUACCUUCUGGUCAUCAGUUCCUGGACUUAUCAAGGAUGGAUUUAAGUUCACAUUCCAGAAAAUUCGUCCAGGGUACUCCAGUGUGAAGUGAUUAGCUCAGGACACUUUAGUAUUCAAAUAUAUCAGACGUUUGACUUUUUAAAUAAAUAUUUUUACAA